UCUUCUGCCCCUUUGCAAUUCUGCGAGCUCCACCUGUUUUCAUCUCCAGGGGUAGGGGAUGGAUGUGUUUUGUGGGUGGGUGGGUGCUUGAGUGAGUGAGUUGUGGAGGUGACAUGGGAAGAUCUGCUGCUGCUUCUACUUCUGCAUGAGGCCUGCUGGUCAAUCUUGCUGUGGAAGUCGCGUGCGCAGCCUAAUGGGUUUUUGUUUCAGUGCGCAAGGAACACAUUUUGUGGAAGUUUGGUUUCUGUUUGCGGAUUGGGUUCUGGAUGUGGUGCGCGAAAAUGGGGUCGUAGAUGUAUCUUUGUUGUGAUUGGAAUUAGUCGCCGGUUUAGUUAUUGGUGAUGUGUUGUUGUUGUUGUUCGUGGAUUGAAUGGAUCUAUGGAAUGGAGUUAGCGGAGCUCCUGGGUGUGGAGAGGAUUUGAGGAGCGAAACCUCGCCUGAAUUGGCUCCUGAUCGGCCGGUUCGCGCAGACUUUUGACAGAGAUAGAGUUUUUUUUCCCCCCAUUUCGACUAACAUAAAAGAAGGUGGAAGUAGCCAUUAGUGUCCUUCAGGUCGUUACAUCCGGUGGCACAACAGGCAGUCCAGAGGGCAGUUGAAAAGGAGAGGAAUCAUGGCGAGCUUAGGGAAGAUAAUCAAGGACGAUAGGCAUCCAACCUGGUUGGUGGAUUCCAUCAUCUUGUCUGCCGUAGUUUACAGCCCAAAACCUGCAGAUGAACUGAAGUUAAUGGAACGGGAAUACGGGCUGCCAUCUACUGCAAAUUAUGAGUUUAUUCCCGACGAAGUGCUGCGUGAAAACGGAUUUGGGCACUGCAAGCAACCCCUACUCGUGGUGCGGUCUUUAGCGGAUAACCAUUACGUGGUAGCAUGUCGCGGGACCAACGACGUGAGUGAUGCACUCGUGGAUCUGAAUUUCAUGCAGCGAACCAUGACCUUGCUACCUGGAGCAGCGCACGGUGGGUUCCUGGAUAGGGCGAGGUCAAUCCCAUUGGAGUACUUUCGAAGGUUGUUGAUCCGGGGUGAGCGCCUGGUGCUCACAGGUCACUCCCUUGGUGGCGCCGUUGCCUCUCUUCUCACCCUAAGGCUUCUUGAGUCAACUGGAAAGUGGUGUCAUGAUCAGGUGCAGUGCUACACAUUUGGUUGCCCAUUCUUCGCAGACUACCGUCUCGCGAGGUACAUCAAUAAACGCUACAAGCGCCACUUGGUCCAUAUUGUGUCUCGGAACGAUAUCGUGCCUAAGGUGAUGCCGGUUGCUUUCACGAUUUACACCAUUUGGGCUGGGCUUGGUGUCGGACCCUUCAGGGAACUGAUGCACUUGACGCGCGUUGCUCUGCUCUUUGCUCAAGUGUUGAAGGUGAAGCCUAAAAAGCUGCCGUUCGUCGUAGCUGGCACGCAAGCUAUGACUUGGCUGCCUUCGUUAUUGCGGUUUCUUCUCCACCGUACGCUGGCUUUGGCUCUUUCCCACCAGUCAGGCUCCGGAUAUGCGUUUGCAGGUCAUAUGGUUUUGCUUGACACAGAGACAAAUUUCUUGGAGUACGCUGACAUGGAGCGCUGGAAGAUGGGAAACCACUUAAGUUUCCACAUGAAUAUGGGCUCGAUGGAAGGUGUCAAGGAGCACUCGCUGCUUAGUUAUAUUGACCAUGUCUUUGGAGUAGAAUCAAUUAAACAAGCCACCCGAAUGCAGGAUAUGGACGUCUUUGCAGCACUUAGGCAACAUGAAGAGGGUGGAGAUGACCCCUCCAAUCCUAAGGUGGAGGUCUGUACGACUACGUUGAAUGUGAAGUGGCCCAAAGGGAAGAAGGCUCAAAAACAGCUUCUUUUACAAAAGAAAGAGGCAAAAGGUCCUCUUGGCCACAAAAAGACACUUAUUUCGAGAAGUUUAACGAUGAGGCCUGAGCUUGAGCAGAAGCCAUCCGCCAAGGCACUGAAAAGUCGAGUGGCAUGUUUAAUUUUUGCCCGUCGCAUGGAUGAAACACACCCCAAGCGGUUUCGAAUGCAGAAGCAGCAAAGGGGACUUUUGAAGCAAGUAGGAAGGAGUUUCCAUUCAAUUACCAAAUUUGUGCAUCGUUUUGAUGGACUUUUUCUUGCUUCCUCAGUUAUCUGUAUAGGUGCCCAACUUAAGCUAUGGUUGUUUUAAUGCUCCGCUCCCUUCAACGUAGGAGCCAUUGUGCUGGCAUUAUUAGAGGGUGAGCAAUUCCAUCCUUGUAUACAGAGGGAUUACGUCAUGAUUUCCCAUUUAUAACAACCCGGGUUCACACAUUGACAAACUUCA